GGCUCUGGGGCCGGAGCAGUGGCCGCAUUCCCGAGCCCGACGGCGCCCGCUCGCUCCUCGUCUGCCCGGCCGGCCGGCCGGCCCCCGCCGCGGUGAGAGGGGACCCUGCCAGGGGCCGAGAGGGGAAGGCGUGCCGGGUUCUCCCGGCGGCGAGGGGGCUCUCCGAGGGGCGACAGCUGGAGCGCCCAGGGACCGGCGGGUGAGGGACCGUGGGGUGGGGUCGAGGGCCUCUGGGGUUUCUGCAGGAAAUGGGAAGGCGGGGCAGGAGCCCACCGUGUCAGGAGCAGUGCGAUACCUGUGUGGGGGGGGUUGGACAAGGUGUCCCCGCUCCCCGGUGGCUGACGGUGUCGCCAGGUGGCUUAGGGAUGGAGCCGGUUCCCCCCCCCCGCCCCCCUCCGCCCUGCCUCGACUCCUGGAAGGGCGUGCUGGGGAGGGGUGCGUGGGACCGGGAUGGGAAAGACAUUUGCCAAGUUGUGCUGUGUGUUGGAUUUUAAGUUUGCUGUCCCUCUGCUCCUGGGGUGGCAGCUGGGGGCGGCAUGGGGGCCAAGGAGAAAGGGCUCAGCUUGUGCCUUCCCAGGGCCCCCUCCUCCCCAGGCUCAGGAAGCAGGAGGAGCUUCGCAGAGGGGCCAGCACUACCGACACAGUGUUACAGGCUGUUUGGAACAGCUGGUUCAGGGUGGCCUGCACCAGCGUCCAGGGUCUUGGAAAGGACAGGAUGCGGUCUUUCUGGAGCUGGGUGCGAGUUGCCCCUUGGAGGGGUCUGGGUUUCCCUGGGUUGUACGUUGAUUGGAUUUGGGAAGAGGAAGAGGACUUGGCAGUGGGCACCAGCCAGCUCCUAUGACUGUGCUUAAGUGUGAGGCCAGGGUGCCAGCCUGCAGACUGGGCAGGAACUCACCUCUGAGCUGGCACAGGUGAGGUGCUUGACAUGCAGGCUGUCCCUGAGGCGAGUCAGCGUUUGGAGGCAAGCCAACAGCUGUCAGGGACCAGGCUGCUGUAGCCAGACCGCCCUCCAGACCAUUGUCACCUAAUGCUAAGGUUUUGGGCUCAUUUGCUGAGAGGCACCCCCUCCCUCACCCUAAACCAGGGCAGCCAAGAUGCUUAACACCGAAUUAAGCAAAGAAAAAAAAUCCAGUUGUAUUACACGUGAGCGCUUCUUCCCAUCUUUUCACGGUUCUGUUUGGAAGUGUAUGUUCUCCCAUUGUUCCAUCUCUCCCUUGGGCUGUCACUGGUUUUUAUUUCCACCUUGUGCAGAAAUAGGACUGCUUACGCAUUUGAAACACAGGGCGACCGGCUAUUGAGAUCAGCUCACGAUGAGAAAGUUGACUCAUAAGAUUCUCUUUUUCCAUUAAGGAAAUGAAGAUGGCUAAGGACUCAGGCAUAGACACUUUAGCGAGCAGCAGGUUAACUUCUUAUUUGGUUCUGGAGUCCAUUCCUGUGUUUUGUUUUGUUUUUUGCAGUGUUUGUCUUUUGUAUGGCCUGUGUGAGUUAAUGUGAAGAUAGUUUAUAUUACUUGAGAACAUAACGACUAAGGCCAAUGAAAAGCUACUCGGUGACCUGAGUAAAUCACAAGCCUUAAAUAACUUGCUUCGGAUUUCCAGAGAGUGGAGGGUAUCCACAGAUAUUAGAUGUGCUUGUUUUUGCAUGACAAUAGCUUUGGUUCUUUGAAGGUAAAUUGCUUUGGGGUGACCCCAGAUGGCUCUGAGGGUACUUCUUUUAGGAUAGUCUUUAGGAAGGGUUUAGGGUGGGAUGAGUCAUGCUACAUGCCUCCCCAUCCUCCCUCAAAAAAGAAAAUAAUCCAGUUAAAAGAACCAUCAGAAGCAGCCUGGGAAGAGAAAACGUCAGGAAAAGUCAACCCUCAUGACAUGCAAAGGGAGGGGUAAAAAUCCUUUUUGCCAAUGAUAACCCCUCACUUUUACGGGACGGAGUAAUUUGCAAACGUCUUUCACACAGAAUCUUAAUUGAUCUUCACAAAUGUCACAGAUGAGGAAACUGAGGCUAAGUGACUUGCUCAAGGUCACUUAGCUACUAGGGGGCAAAGCAGAGCGUUAAUCCUAGCCAUGUGACACCAGCUGCAGUGGCCCGUCACCGCUCUGCCGAGUGGGCUGUGGGAAGGAUGAGGACAGAUUACACACACAGCCCAGGGCCCUAGGGCUUUCCCAGCAUCCUCCUCUCCCACCGCUUGCCCCACCUGCUAAGUCAGCUUGGCUCGCAGGUGUGGAUUCUCUUCACCACUUCCCUCUAUCCCAGGCUCGGCAGUCUGCGCCUACUCAGAUUUGUUUAAGUCUUUGAGAAAUCUAGUGGGAAGUAUGAUCGCAGGGAGUGUCUUUUGCCCAAGCGCUCAGUGUUUCCUAAUAGUCUAGGUGUCUUCAGCCACGUGAUGCAAGAGACCAAAGCAAUUCUAGGGAAACUUACCAUAAUCAUUUUCCUUGUCCUCCACCCGGAAGAAAAAUGCAGUGGUUGUGAAACCUGAGGAGUUGGCCCAGUACUUUUGUUUAUUUUAUCCAGUUUUUUAUGCAUGGCAUUGUUUGCGUUAUGGUGACACUUUUUUUUUUUUUAAAGAGGGCACAGCUGUUCUCAUUAGGGAAGAAUAAGCUUGAAUCCUGUUUUCUCGAUCUGAGCAUCUAGAUCUGAAAAAGGACACCAGCGGAGGUUAUCUGAGAUGUGUUCCAGCAGAUGCCUUAGGGCCCCGUGGGCCGCCCCAGAGGACUCAGUCCCGGUGGCCAGCGGCUCCCAAGCAGCUCACGUGCGCUCAGCCUCAGGCUCCCGCUGACGCACCUGGGAACCUCGCUCACCAGCCCCCACCUGGCAUCCUUGCCGGCAGUGCCCCCCACCCCCCCCAGCCAUGGAGGCCCCCGAGGUCCCCGUGGGCUCGCUGAUUGACUUCGGGGCCGGGGCCAAGCCAUCCACCUCCUCGCCCCUGGGGAUGCUGUCCCCAAAGCUGCAGGACGGGGACAGCUCCCCGGGCGAGGGUGCGUCGGAGAGUGAGACCACGGAGUCGGCCGACAGCGAGAACGACAUGGGCGAGUCGCCCUCGCACCCCUCCUGGGGCCAGUGCCGCCGCUGCUCUUCCAGCGAGUCCUUCUCCUCCAACCAGAGCACCGACUCGGCCAAGGAUGCGGAGCUGCUGGAGCUCCGGGAGUUCAUGCGCGGCUACGUGGAGAAGAUCUUCUCCGGAGGAGAGGACUUGGACCAGGAGGAGAAAGCCAAGUUCGGAGAGUACUGCAGCAGUGAGAACGGAAAAGGCCGGGAAUGGUUUGCCCGGUACGUGAGCGCCCAGCGCUGCAACUCCAAGUGCGUCUCGGAGGCCACCUUCUACCGCCUGGUGCAGUCCUUCGCGGUGGUCCUAUUUGAGUGUCACCAGAUGGACGACUUCGGGCCUGCAAAGAACCUCAUGACCAUGUGCUUCACCUACUAUCACAUCGGUAAACCACACCUGCUCCCCUCCGAGUUCAAGGAGAAGCCGGCCGGGAGCAUCGACUCCUACUUGAAGUCGGCCAAUAGCUGGUUAGCGGAGAAGAAGGACAUCGCCGAGCGGCUUCUGAAGAACACGUCGGCCAAGACGGAGAACGUCAAGGGCUUCUUCGGGCUGGAGACCAAGCCCAAGGGGCCCCUGGCCAGGAGAAGCGAGGAGAAAGAAGGCAAGUCCCAGGAGAAGCCACGGAAGACGGUGACUGUGUGCAGCCCAGAGGAGGAGGGGAAGGGGGAGAAGAUCUACCUGUACACACACCUGAAGCAGCAGCCCAUCUGGCACACGCUGAGGUUCUGGAACGCGGCCUUUUUCGACGCUGUCCACUGUGAGAGGAGAAAGCGGUCUCCCACCACCAGAGGGGAUGCUGGAGAGGAGGAGAAGAAGAGAGAGAGGUGGUGCCACAUGACCCAGGAGGAGCGGGACGACAGCCUGCGGUUCAACGAGAACAUCACCUUCGGGCAGCUGGGCACGUUCACGCACAACAUGCUGGCGUUCGGGCUGAACAAGAAGCUGUGCAACGACUUUCUGAAGAAGCAGGCGGUGAUCGGCAACCUGGAUGAGGAGCAGUACAAGCUGCUGAGUGACCACAUCGAGCAGAUGGCCGCCGAGUAGGCCUCGGCAGGUGGCCCGAGGCUCCCCCAGGAGGACUGUGGGUACGCGCCUCCCUCCCGCGCCCACGGCUGGCUGUCACCCCCCCCCCGCCCCCGCAUGACAUUGGCAGCACCCAGAGGCGCCCCACACCGCCCUAGAACUAGCGGCUAGAAGAAUCUGGUUGCCCGUUUUCCCUGCCUCCCCUCUGCCUGUGUCUGCUCCCCCACCUGCGUGCCAAAGUGUCUCUGGGAUUACACAGCUAACACCGAGGUGACUUUCCAUAUCCCCGAGUGGCAGACCUGCGACGUGGGACCGAGGGGGCGCAGGAGGGAGGAUGCUGGGUCCACGAUGGGCCGGUGUCCAUCGUAGCCUCCUGCGGGAGAUGCUGGGGCGCACGUGGGAGGGUAGGGAAGGGCAGCUGUGGGGUGGCACACGCCAGUGACACAGGGCAGUCAGGAGUGAUGAUUGGGGGCCCCCCAGCAGGGUGGGAUGGGGUUCCUCCCACAGUGGGGUUCCUGUUGAGCGGGGGCCAAGCAGAGGGGGCGGGGGCCUGUGAGUGUCGGUCCACGGCCGGUGCUGGCUCUUUUCCGGGUCCCCUCUCCGUGCAGCAGGGACGGGAGUCCCAGGAAGCUCCAGGAGGAGAGGGACACCCCCUAUUCCAGGACGGGAGAGAGACCGGGGCAGAGGACGUGCCUUCCCGGCUGCAGAAGGCCCGGCCACGGUCAGGGGUGUGGGCGCCGGGAGACGGCCGGCUCCAAGUGGCUGUGUUGGACCCACGUAGCACGCAGGUGUCUGUGUGAGGCCGUCUGAGAUGUCCCCGUGCAGCCGACAGCUUCCUUCUGGAGUGGAGACGCUUCCGCCCCUUGCUCCCUGGGAGUAGCUCGGGGCCAUCAGUCCCGUGACAAGCACAGACAAGAGAAGCUUCUUCAGCAGCUUCAGGACAACCGCCCUUUCUGAAAGCAGACAGUGCUGCCCUUUAUUUCAAAACAGACAAAAGAAUCUGUGUCAGCGUUACAGGCACCGUGGCAGAGGCCGCUUGUGGCGGUGACUGUGUGAGGCGGGGUAGCGGGGCUUUGGAGGGUCGGGCCCUCCACCCCGGCCGCCUGGGGAAGCCUGUACCUUCUGCCACCCGAGCCCUUGGACCCCUUUCCUGCGGACUCUGCGGACACCCCCUCGCCGUCUCAGGUGCCGGGAGCCGGGGCUCUUCCCCCCAGGUUUGUACCAGGCACAGCUGACCAGCCCAAGGGACUGCAGUCUGGCCAGCAGGCCUCCAGCCUGCCACCAGCUUCCCUGGCGAGCCCGGUUCCCCCGCCCCAGCCCCAGCUCUUGGGCGCUGACAAUGAGGCCAGCGGGGCUCCGUCCUUCCCGCCUUGGUCCUUCGUCCCGUGUCCCCGCUGCACCUCCUCCAGCAUGACAAGCACACGCCAGAUACCCAGCCCUCCGGCCCUCCAAGUUUCCCCUCGUGGGGGAUGCCUCCCUGGAAUGUUCCAGAGCAGAGCGUGCGUUGGUUGAGCCGAGGAACGCACAUCCGGGUGAUCGUAAGAGAGAUGACAGGAAACACGGCAGGACCCGAGUGCGCCGGCGUGAGCUGCUCCUCCAGGAGACCUGGGGGGCUGGGGCUUCAGAAACCCUGCUGUUUUCGCAAUGGCGUGUGCGUGUGUGUGUGUGUGUGGUGGCAGCCUCUCUGGCCGUGUCACUAAACAAAGCACAGCUGUGUCGCCAGUUUGCCUGUCCUGUGCGGGGCGGGUCACACGGGCCGGAGCGCCUCCACCCGAUGCUGGGCCCAGUGAUAGGACGGGUCUCUAUGGAACGCGUUUCAGAGAAAUCACAUCCAGCUGACGGGUGUGCGGGCCCCUCCUCCAGCGCCUCCUGAAGAUGACGCAGCCCCUCCUGAGACGUUCAGCUACGACCCCCGCGUGUGCUGUGCUCCCCCCACCCCCCACAGGAGCCGGGCCACGUGCCCUCGCAGGGCUCUCCCCCUGCGGCCGCGUGUCGUUGGCUUUCUUCGUGGUUAGUUGAAAGGCAUUAAGAUUUUAUUCUAAAGGUGCCCAAAAGACUUAUCCUUGUACAUAGAAGAUUUUUGUACGGACGUUCGAUCCAGUCUGAUUUCUGGAGGGAGACAGUAGGUUCUGGGUCUUCCCAGGGGUGCUGGGGAGCUGGCGGCUCUCUCCCCGCAGGGUGGGGCGGGAGGGCCCGUGCAGCCUUGGAAGGAAAAAUGCAGCUUUGACUUCUUGGGGCUUUUCCAGGCGCUUUAACUUCAAGAUGAUCUUGAGACCUUUUUUUUUUCCAUACAGGCCUCUUGAAAUAGCAGUUGAAGGUAGAAGCAGGGUUGCUUUGGGUUUUUUCCUCUCCCCUUGUUUGUGUAAAUCUAGCUCCUAAGAGUGGAGUCUGACCCCAGAAGUGCUGCCUGUUGCUUUCAGCCCUACGAGGGGACACUGCCAGAGACCGUGGGCCUCGUGGAGUGACCAGUGUCGGGGUGGCUCUGAGGCUGCCCUGCUGUGUCCUGGUGGCGUCUGCCUUUGGCCGAGCGUUUCACCUCGGAGUGUCUGACCGCUGUCACCCGGAGGACGCACGGCGUGCCUAGCAGGAGCCGGCAGCCUGCCUCGCUGACGUUUCCUCUCUCUGUGGCACGAUCUUCCCUCCGAGGCCCGCUCCGAGCAGACAGACACAGGGCGGGCUCUCAGGUCCGAGGGCGGAGAAGUCUCACCCCGCUGUACACACAGGAGGCUUUGGAGAAAGAGCUCUGGUGGCCUUCCCUGUAAACUCAGGACCCUUAGACUCGGGGCAGGAAGCGUCGGGUCAUAUCCACGAGGAGAGUUUCCAGUCCCAGUAGGUUCAGGGUCCCAAGCCAGGAGCUUCGAAGGCCUGCGUUAGCAAUGGCAUUUCAGUCUCCUGCUGUCUGCCCUUCAGGGCGAUGUGAAUCGUAAUGAGCCAAAAACAGCUAAUUCUCCCAAGUGAAAAGUACCCUGCUUUGGAAAUAGGAUGGUGUCGAGAUGUGCUUUGUACGUCUUCAGCCUUUGUUGCAGUUUUAGCAAUGUUGUUAGAUGUUUAAGAGGGGCUGUGCUAGGAUUCAGAUUAUAUCUACUGUGUGCGUGCGUUUAAUCGAAGGCAGGAGAACCAAGUUCUCAUAUUGUAAGUUCUUUGUACAGUGAAAGGGAGUAGACCGUGAUUUUCCUAUUGCCGAAAGGGGAAAAAAGCAGACCAAGGAGCUCUUAAGUUGCCAAAAGGAGGGCUGGAGAGAGUCCAGUUCACGAGUUUUGUGCUCCAGUGAAACCUGGGACGGUCAGGGUCACGGGCAAGCCCCACGCUGGGUUUAGGACAGAGACCCAGCACUGGAGUCAGAGGUGCCGCCUGACCUUUCUCUUUCCUCCUUCCCGGGAGCUGGAACCAGUGGAGCCCGUACUCACCUCUCCCUGCCCGGUUAGACGGUGAAGUUCAUUGCCGUGGAGAGAAGGUGGCAGGCUUGAGGGUUGCUUUUCCGUCAGCUGUUUUAAGUGGGUUGGUUUAUCACCCAGAGCAAGUGCUCUGGGUGUUGCAGCCUCCCAGCGUGAGAAGCGCAGUGUUCACGCCACAGAGGGGCUUGCGAGGAGUUUUGUUGAACCCAGGUGACCGUGACCAGCAGUCAGGGCUGCAGCUACAAGCCUGACCUUCCUGGGCAUUGCUGCACCCCGACGAGUUGGCUUUUCAGCGAGUGGGGAUCCCAGCAGGUCGGUGCGGUUAGAUCAGCUGUAUGGCCGAAUCACCUACAAUUGAGACAGCUGGGCAGCCAGGGGCCUGAGGCAUUUGCCAGAACAGCAGGGAGCUUGGGAAGCAGGGGGAGAAGGGCCCGGCACCAGCCUCGGGGGAGGGGUAGCAGCCGGGCGGUGCCAGGCUUGUCACCCCCUGGCCACCCUCUUCCUCAGCCACAGGCAGAGCUGCGGGGCUGGGGGCCCACGGCCCCUCGGUCCCGGGGUUCUUCUCGCAGCGCCCCACCCCCGGCCUUUUAGUUUCCUUGAACCACUGUUUCUGCCACUCAGCCAUCUCCCCGUCUUCCUGCAAAUCACUGAUCCCUUUUUACGAUUCUUGAGGGGGAGUUUCGCUAGAAAAGCGUUUGAAGCUGAGUUCGUACAGGGGAAUGGCAUCGGUGACAAGUGCCCCUAACUGGCUGGUGUGCGACGUUCAGACCUGGGCUGGAGCCAGGCCUCAGUCAAGUCACAUGUCCCAGUACGUCCUUGUCGCCCGGCGGCUGGGAACAGGCCUGUGUGGGUUCUCCAGAUGGUUCCCACCCAGGAGCACCCUCAACGCCAAGACCCUCCGCGUGGCCGGUCCCCCAGGCCUCGUUCUGCCGCCAUCUCCCUGCAGUCCCUCUCCAGCAAGCGCCUCGAGUGGCCGGCCUACCUCGUCCCUGGGUGUCCUGGCGCUGGCCUGUGUCCCUGCGUUGGCUGGUCUGUCUGAGCUUGAGAUGAGUGAAGGGCUGCGGGGGGGAACCUUCCCCCUGGCUGUGUCCCCAGGAGUCAAGGGGACACUGCUCCCGCUCUAGAGUUCUCGGUUACUAUUGGAGAAGGAACACCUUGUCAUUUCCAGGAGCGAGUCAGGAUGGUCUGGGUUUGCCCGUCUUCCCAUCACUCUGUGCAGGCGGGCGGGACCCUGCAUCCUCGCUUGUCCUGCAGGGUCAGACCAGGGCGCUGUCGCUUAGCGCCCUCCUGAGCAGCACAGACGGGGUCGCUGAGCUGGAAGGAGGGCUCCUGCUGCUGUGAUGCCCCUCGGACCCCGGGGAGCUGUGCCUGUCCCCACCUUGGUCCUGGACAGUGCACUCGCGGAAAUGAAAGGGAAGCGCUCAGCAGGCCCGGUUCCCACACACAGGCUGCACAUGCGGGCCCUGAUCUGUCCCUGUGCUGGAGGCUUGCUUAGGUUCCCGUGGACGCCUUGAGAUGGACGGGCCGACCAUUUGAACAGUAGGAAAGGCUCGAACUCAAAUGGCAGGUACCUCCCCUUAAGACGUGUCAGCUCGAGAGCCUCAUGGCUCUAACUGUGGCCUCUGGGGCUUCAGGAGGGUCUCCCACGUGCAUCCCCUGUUUCUCUCCCACCCAUUGGUCUCGGACCUGAACUUGCCUUGGCCAUACCCACGCAUUGCCCUUAGUGGCCCAGAAGCCGGGGUCCGCGAUGCAGGUAUGUUAUAUGUACACUUACGCGAUUUCGUGUCCCACGAGGCGACGUUCUACAAACUAUAUUUUCAGGUGGAGAAAGUUUCAAGGUCGAGCUCUCAGAACAGUGCUCAAAUCAAAGCUGUUUCCUGUGAA